AUGCCCAACAAGGUGGUGGAAACACCUUACCCCCUCAUCGACGCGGACCCUCAUGCUUCUCGCGUAAUUCGUUACUUCCGGCCUUCCGACCUCGCCGUCUGGGCCGGUGCGACCGCCGCGUUUCCGACUGCGCUGUACCUCUGGGACAAAUGGGAUCCCUCGAAACUGAAGAUUAGGACACAGCUCCGUGUCGGCGGUGUGCUCGGUUUCGUUGGUGGGUUCCUCUUGGCGUACCAGAGGUCAAGCUUCCGGUUCUGGGGCUGGUCCGAGAACAAGCGCGAGGAGGAGAAAGACUUUGCCGAGCUUUCUGAGCGUGCCAGGCGCGGUCUCCCUCUUUACGGCGAGUCCGACCAGCCUGAGUGGAUCCAGGGUGUUGCAUACCGCAACUCCGCGUUCUCGCAGCUCAAAUUCCAUCUGUUCCCUAUGUUCAACCUGGUCAACCAUCAGCACCACGGGACGGAUCCGGAGAAGUACAAGCCCAAGGACGAUUCAUCCGCGUAG